AUGCGCGUCGCCUUGCUUCUUGUCUCACUUGCGGCCAGUCUGGCCUUGGCUCAGGACAUCAACCCUGUUCCGGCAUGCGGGCAAGGCUGCUUCAACAGCAUGAAGGGCACAUUGGGUUGUGCUCCUGCCGACCAGAAGUGCCUCUGCGACAAACCUGACUAUCGCAACGGCCUGAAAGACUGUGUGACUCAAAGCUGUGGCGCUGACGCAGCAGCUGUCCAUUCUGCGUUAAACGUAUACGUCGAUGCUGUUUGUGCUGCUGCUGCUUCUCCGGCUGCUGCGACAUCAGCUACUCCAGCCCCAUCAACUCCAGCGUCGACUCCGCCUCAUUCUACCUCAGCGCCACCAACCUCAGCUCCUGCACCUACUACCGCUGCCGCUUCGACAACAUCGAGCUCAACGUCAACUGCGACUGCGACAACAACCUCAUCUAGCAGCACCCCAUCGUCGACCAAAAGUAGCAGCACCACUUCAUCUUCGGCGACCUCAUCAGCAACUCCUGCACCUACAACAAGCGAAAAGUCAGCUGAGGGGCUCUCUAACACGGCCAAAAUCGGUAUUGCUGUUGGCGGCGCUGUAGCGGCACUCGGUCUGAUAGGCGUUCUGGUUUGCGUAUUCCUUCACAGGCGUAAUCAGCGCCGUGACAACGACCAGCUUCGCCGUCUCAAGAUUAGCGACCCCAUGCCUGGUGCCGGCCGGACGUACGCUGGUGAUCAUUUCCACGACAAGUACCAAAGCAACUCCCCUUCGGACAUUGACUUCAAGAGUCGGCGAUACGAAGAUAUGCUGCCAAGGCAGACGCCAAGGACCAUGGUUUGA